AUGUUGGAGGGUUUGGUAGCUUGGGUCUUGAACAACUACCUUGGGAAGUAUGUGGAGAACUUGAACACAGAUCAACUAAGUGUAGCUUUACUGUCCGGGAAAGUAGAAUUAGAGAACUUGCCAUUAAAGAAAGAUGCUUUGAGGCACUUGGGUCUUCCUGUGGAAAUCAAAGCAGGAUUUAUUGGCAAAGUGCAGCUGCAAGUGCCUGUCCGGCAAAUCCGAUCGGCACCCUGGCUUAUUGCCAUUGAGAAACUUUACCUUGUGGCUGCACCAGUUAACUUGGAUGAGUGGGACAGCACUGUGGAAGCAAACAUUGCUCAUGAGCGUAAGGUGGCAUUGUUGGAUGCAUUAGAAGCGCAGUGGCGCGCUGAGUUUGAAGCUAGUGAUGCUGGUUACUAUGCCACUUCAUACUCCUCAUGGCUGAAUUAUGGAACUGGGUUUCUUGCCAACAUUGUGGAGAACCUGCAGUUGAAGUUAAACGAUGUCCACAUACGCUACGAAGACGCAAUUACGUGCGCACCGCAGUCGUUUGCGUGCGGACUAACGGUGGAGUCGUUGACGGCGGAAUCAUGUGACGCAAACUGGGUUCGCGGCUUUACGCUGCUACCCGAGCCCGAUGGCUGUUCUUUUAAACUACUCGAGUUGCAGCAACUGGCCGUGUACUGGGAUCCUAUGCCCGUGCCAGCCGCUAUGGUAGCUAACUCCACCCUAGCAGAAUUGACGGAACGUAUGCGUGCGACAUGGUUGGCGCAGCAUCGGUACCUGGUGGCUCCGGCGUCGGCACGAGCUCGCGUGCGUCGUGAGCGCUGCGAGCAGCCGCUGCGCUCGCGAACUCGCCCGCGCCUCGCGUGUCAUCUCACGCUUGACUGCGUGCUGCUGAACCUCACCUCCCGGCAGUACAGCGAAGUGGCGGGGUGUGCGCUGGGGCUGGAGCGUAUCGCGAAGCUGCGGGCGCUGCGCGUGUGGCGGCCUGGCGUGCCGGUGCGAGCAAACGCGCGUGCCUGGUGGCUGUACGCACUGCGCUGCCUCGCGCCACACCACCGCUGGAUGGAUCCUAAACCAACGUGGUCAUCAUGCUUGGAGCAGUCGCGACGCGUGCGGCAGUACGUAGACAUUUGCCUUAGCAUCUUGAGCAACCCGGCUGCCACUUUACCGCCAGACAAGAAAGCCGUCAAGGAUGAAUUCGAAUGGAAUAAUCCGCUGUCGGUCCUCAAGCCACUCAGAGAGGUGGCCAUGCGCAAAGUGCCAAUAGCGAGGCCUGAGCCUACACCCGAGCAGGUAAGCUCGGGACGCAGCGUACUGGUGCGCUGGUUCCCGCUGUGGUGGGGCUGGUACGCGCCCGACACUGCCACCGCAGCCACAGCUGCCAGCACGCCGACACCUACCCAGCUGUCACAGUCCACAAUCCAGUUUGCAGUCCAACCCACAACACAGUCCUCCGCCCAGUCCCUAGCCCAGCCCGCUACACCGCGCCUGGAAGAAGAGAUCCUGGACGUGAUCGCCGACUCGCUCGACGACAAUACGCUGCUACGACGUGACACGGUCUUCGGCCUAUUCGAGUUCACGCUGCAGCGCGGCUCGCUGAACCUUUGUACAGAAAAUGAAAACGAUAAUGAAACUAAAAGGAACGACGAAAGCAUGAGCAGAGAGCAGAGGGGGCAGAAUGGAGAUGGCGGCGCGGGCGGCGAGGGCGUGGAGCUGCAGUUCUCUUGCGUGUGUGUGCGCGUGGAGUCGCGGCCGCGCACGGGCUCUCACGCGCUGCACGUGUCGCUGGGCGCCGUGUGCCUGCGCGAGCGCAUCACGCCCGCCACGCUCUUCCCCGUGCUGGUGGCGCCGCAGGGAAUGAUCCGUGAGGGACUAAGCGCCAUGAACGCGGCGGCGAGCGCGGCGUCGUGGUGGCGCGCGCACAACGCACCCGCCGCCGCCGCCGCCCCCGCCACUGCCCCGGCCGCCGCGCCUGCAGAGCCGCUCUUCCAGCUCACAUACGAGAAGCGUCCAUUUGGGCUCAACUGCGAUUACAAGUUGUGGGUGAAGUCAAUGUCGUUGGAGGUGGUGUACUGUGCGGAGGCGGCACGCUGGGCGCAGCAGUUCGUGGCGGCGCCGUGGGGCCCGCGCCGCGCCCUCGCGCAUGUUCGCGAGCAGACGCGCGCGCGCCUGCGCACGCACUGGGAGCACAUGCUGCACGCGCACCCGGGCGAGCGUCGCUCGUGGCAGGUGGAGCUGGACGUGUCGGCGCCGCAGAUCCUGUUCGUGGAGCGGCUGAGCGAGCGCGACGCCUCCGUGCUGGUCGUGGACUUCGGCCGCCUGCGACUCGCCAACGCACACUUCACCGACGACGCACAGCCUUCCACCACGCUUGGCGAUGACGACGAAAUGUUUAUGACGCCGUGCUCUACUCCUCCAGGCAGUUUGUUGUCCCCCGCGUCCCCGCCGGAUCCUCCGCCCCUCAGCGUCAGCGCCCUCGAUGCUGCAAAUCUUCACACAAGCCUUUACGACAGGUACAAUAUUGAGCUAAGUGACCUCCAGAUAUUGGUGGGGCGAGCUAAGGACAACUGGAAAUACGCACACACCAAAACAACCUCUGCACUUCAUCUGCUCGAUCGCUUUAGCAUAUCACUUCAGGCGGAGCGGCGCGUGGUACACACCAGCGACCCGCAGUACCCGGCGGCCACGCUGUGCGGCUCGCUGCCCGCGCUCGUGGUGCACCUCAGCGAGCACAAGCUGGCCGCUGUACGCGCAGUGCUCGCCAGCUGCUCGCCGCGCCGCGCCACUCCCGAGUCUCCGAGUCAGGAGCAUCCUGAAGAAGACGAAGAAGAUAACAGCACCAGUUCGGAGACGGAAUGCUCAGAGUUUUCGGCGCAUAAUAACGCUACACUCUUCAUGCUGCAGUUCGCUAUUGACCAAAUGUCCCUCGAGGUGCAGUCGCGCGGGCGCAGCAUCGCCGAGGUGCAGGUGUGCGGCGUGAAGGCGGCACUGACGACGCGGCCGUGCGACGUGUCGCUGUCGCUGUCUGUGCACUCGCUGCUGCUGGUGGACGCGCUGCAGACCUACGGGCCCGACUUCGAGUUGCUCGUAGCCAGCCACAAGCACGUCGGUAUGGACAUAGCUUCAGGCAGCAUCCGUGGAUCAGAGCCCACGUCGCCCACAUCGGCCACCUCGCCUACGUCGCCGGCGUCGCCCGACUCGCGCACGCCGCCCCCACUGGCCCCCACGCCGCAUGCUCUGCGGCACGCUAUCUACUCUCUACAGCGGGGCGCACAAGACGCUCCGGAGGCGGGACGAAUAAGUCCUACUGCUAAUUGGAUGACUGGUGCCACCUGGAAUUCUACCAGCACUGAAUAUUUGACAGCUGGGUCAACGUAUCCCAAUGGCAGCGGAUGGAGUUUUGAUAGAGUGGCAUCCGAUGGAAAUGCGGCGAGAAAAGAAGGAACGGUAUGGGGUGCUGGGAAUGGUUGGAGCGCACCAGGACUCGUGGAUUCAGAAGCGCUCAUAGCCGUUGAAAUUUGCCUGGUGAAGGGAGAAGGAGACUCGGAAGAUUUGAGAAUCGCAAAUAUUUUGUUUAACAACUUAGACGUUAUUGCGAACCAGGAGACGAUAGUGGAGCUGAUCGGGUUCGCGCAUCGCGUAUCCGGCGCGGCCCAACCAGACGUGCGUGCUUCAACGCAACCACAGGCCCAACAACAGAAUGACCAUACCGACCACAUCGACCACAUUGACGACAUUGAAGACACAGACCACAAUGAUCACAUUGACCAGUCGGAUCUGCCGCAGCGCGAAGUGCGCACGGAGAUCACGUUCGACUUCCACCGGCUAGGCGUGCUGCUGCUGCGUGCUGCUGUGCACGAGGGCGCGCUGGUGGCAAGGAAGAUCGCCACAGCCACCGUCAGCGAGGCGCGCAUACAGGCAACACUCGCGGCGAGCCGCGUGGAGGUGGGCGGUUCUCUGGGCGGCGUGCAGGUGGUGUCGCUGUGCGAGGGCGCGGGGCUGCACGCGCGCGUGCUGGCCGCCGGCCGCCCUGCGCCCGCGCCCGCCCAUGAUUCCGCCCCGCGCCAUCACUCGCACGCGCCCGACGACAAGGCGCUGCUGUUUACCGUCACGCGAGACCUGCUGCCCGGCGAUACGCCCGAUUCCACAACGGUGUGCGCGUCGGUAUCCCUGCACGUUGCCAGCGUGUGGUACACGCACUCGGGCGCGCUGCUGCGGGAGCUGCGCUCGUGCCUUGCCGAAUUCAAGGAGUACCUGGCCAACCUGGCGCGCUCCAUACGCGCCGCUGCCGCAGACAUGGCCAUCGGCCUCGUGCACCCCAGCCCCAGGGGCGAGGUGUUGGGCGGCGGACGCGCGGGCGAGGGCACGCGAACGCGCACGCGCACGCACAGCGCCGCCUCGCUCGACGAGCCGCCCGCAGCCCGCCGCGACCACAUCCUGCUCACCGUGGAGGUGGAGCUGCAGUCGCCGGUGGUGGUGCUGCCGCGCGCAGCACGCAGUGGACACGUGCUGGUGGCGCACCUGGGCCGCAUGCGCCUCGCCAACCGUGCCGGCCCGCCCGCGCACACGCUCUACACCGUGCACGUGCGCGACAUCUCGCUCGCUACCCUGGAUGUCACUGAGAAGUUAAAACACCAUCAGUUGACGGCGGAGAACAUGCACGAGAUCUACGAUGUGUCGUGCGGCAAACCCGUGCUGCACGACUCGGCGCUGCAAUUGUCCGUCAAUUUGUACGAAGUUGAUGACUUGCCUCACUGUGAAGUGAGCGGCGCAGUGGUGGGCGGGCUGCAGGUGUCUGCGGGGCGCGAGCAGUACGAGCAGCUGCUGGACACGCUGCGCGGACUGGCCGACCCGCACGUGCACCACGCUCAUACUCACACUCGCGUGCCCACGCACCCAGAUAACGUAUCGCAUCUGAUGCCAUCAACUGAAGUGUCGCAGGGUGUGCGGGCGAGUGGGCUGGAGGAGCCGGCGGUGCCGACGCUGCGGCUGGACCCGCAGCUGCGCGCCGCCGUGCUGGCCGUGCCGCCGCCGCGCGCCCCGCACGCGCACGCGCCCGCACGCAGCCAUGCGCCGCUCACCGUGUCAUUUGAGGUGUCGACAUUUGCGGUGGAACUGCGAGCGGACCUGGGUGAAGGCGAGCGUAGCCUGGUGGCGCUGACGUUCCGCGAGUUCGCGCUACGCUACCAGCAUCUGCAGGUGCACGAGACAACGCUGCAGGUGUCCCUCCACUCGGUGACAAUGGAGGACCUGACGAAGGAACCGGACUCGAAGCACCGCAUGCUGCUGGUGUCGCACUCGCCGCCCGCGCCGCGCAAGUCCGUCUACUUGUCCAAGUCGUGUCCUGAUCUUCGCGCACACUGCACUCGUGACCUCCCUGACUUCGGUUCGCUGCAGUACACGAAGCACUUGUCUGGCUCCCUGCACGUGGCUUUCAACAAGUCUGACUCCGUGCCAAAUAAAGAGCGUGCGCGUGAUAAACUCGGCAAGUCAGAGAGCAAGUGUGGAGCAACGCCCCCGUGCUCACCAGAGCCGCUCAGUGAAACGGUUGACAACGCUGAAACAUGCGACGCUUUUGACAAAUCUAGCAUUUUCGACGCGCUCGAUAGUUCCGACAAUUUUGACAUAUCCGGUACGUUUGACACGACCGGCAAGGCCGACAUGUCUGGCACGUUCGACGCGACUGGCAAGUUCGACUCGUCCGAGACGGACGACAACCUGGUGUGGGUGUCGGUGCACACUCGCGACCCGCAACACCCGCAUUUCCAUGACCAGUUCGAUCAGGUAUACAGACUAACCAAGGUAGAAUUCAAUUGUCUGAAGCUGGUAUUAAGCAUCGAUAGUUGGGUUGCUGUUCUUGAUUUCUUCGGCAUCGCCGGGGACGAACCGACUUCGGAAUCCGCUGAUGCCAGGUCCUCGCAGCCCGUGGGCUCGGCGGGCGGUGCGUGCGAGGCGGGUGGGGCGGGCGGUGCUGCGCACGCGACUGUGACGGAGGUGCGCGUGCGCUCGCUGUGGCUGGCGGUGGUUGGGGCGCGUGGCGACGUGUGCCGCGCGCUCGUGUCACGCGCCGCCGUUCGCGUGCGCGGGGGAGCGGGCGCGGGGGGCCGGGCGGCGCGUGUGUGCCACGCUGGGCGCGCUGGCGCUGCACGACCUGGCGCCGCGCGCGCCCGUGUGGCGACGCCGUCUGCACACGCGGGCGCACAAUGCACUGCUACUGGACUACCACAGGCUGAGACGGCAGGAUAUGAGACAAGCUUAACCUUAGAGAUGGGUCCCCUGACUUACGUGCACACGAGGCGGUUCGUCCUCGAGCUGCAGGCUUUCGUACGUGACUUCAGUUUGCUGCGCCGUGCAUUCGUACUAGCCCGUCGCAAGGUGUCGAGCGGCGGCGGGUGCGAGAUGGGCAGCGAGGGCGGGGGUGGGCCGGGGGGCGGGGCUGGCGGGGAGCGCGUAGCGCGCGUGCGGGUGCGCGUGCGCUGCGCGGCGCCGCUGCUGGUGCUGCCGGUGGGCGGGCGCAGCCGCCGCGCGCUGCUGGCGCAGCUGCAGCUGCUGCACCUCCACAACACCUUCCGCGAGGACCCCGUCGCCGCGAGUGAUAUAAUCAUCGCUUGUUAUGUGUUUAUUGCUGAGUGUGAGUGGGGGGGGGGUGUUGCAGGUGGGCUGGUGGAGGAGCGUAGCGUGCAGCUAGAGGGCGUGUCGCUGCGCUGUGCAGCGCCCGGCCGCCGCACUGCUGCUCUGCUGCCCGCGCCCGCCUCCUUCGAGCUGCGCAUCCGCCGCAACCUGGCGCACACGCACAAUGUGCCGGACGUGGCAGUUCAUGGCACGCUGACAACCCUGGAGCUGGCGCUCGACGCGGAGCAGUACCGGCUGGUGCGCGGCGUGCUCGCGCACAACCUGGGCGAGCCCUGCGAGGACCUGCUGCCGCCCGCCCCCGCCCCCCCCCGCCCCACAGCAUCAGGUAACCCCACUCACACACCCUUUCCGGUGUGGACGACGUGGUCGCUGAAGCUGGACCUGCACGACGUGUGCGUUCGGCUGACUGCAGCGCGCGGGCCGCUGGCUUGUAUAAAUUUCAUCAAGUCACGAUUGGUCAUUGAAAAUUAUUCUGACCUUAGCCAAGAUAUCGACCUCGUUUCUCAGGAGAUCCUGGUGAGUGACUCACGGUACGCAGCAGAGCCAGCUAACCGGCGGGGCAACGUAUUCAGUCACAUCGUGCAGCCGCUGCCCGAGCGGCGCCACAGCGUGCAGGCCGAGGUGCACGCCAGAAAACGCCUGGACUCUUCAGCGUAUACUAUAUUGAUAAACAACAUGCGUCUUAUGGCUAUACUGGACUGGUGGGAAGCCGCCAACCAAUUCAUUAUGCAACCACCGGCCCCAGCUACCGAUCCUGACCUUGUCCAUUUAGAGGAGGCGAAUAUGUCGGCGAGCGGCGACUGUACGGACUCAGGGGGCGGCGCCGGCGUGACUGAAGGCGGGCCCGUCGAGCUGAAGCUUAACAUCACCGAUUCGCAGCUCGUGCUAGUGGAAGAUGCCUCCGUCUGGGACACCAACGCAGUCAUACUUAAGAGCUCGACGGUAGUGCGGUACAACGGCGCGGACGCGGAGCGGCCGGUGCGCUGCGAGCUGGGCGAGCUGGAGCUGUUCUCGUGCGUGCUGGGCCUGGAGGAUGAGACGGCGCUCGCCAUCGUGGAGCCCGCCGCGCUGCACGCGCACGUCGACGCGCAGCGCCGCCUGCAUGUAACUACCACUGCCCUUUUAUUGCGAGCUGGGCGAGCUGGAGCUGAUCUCGUGCGUGCUGGGCCUGGAGGACGAGACGGCGCUCGCCAUCGUGGAGCCCGCCGCGCUGCACGCGCACGUCGAUGCGCAGUGCCGCCUGCAUUUAACUACCACUGCCCUCUUAUUGCGAGCUGGGCGAGCUGGAGCUGUUCUCGUGCGUGCUGGGCCUGGAGGACGAGACGGCGCUCGCCAUCGUGGAGCCCGCCGCGCUGCACGCGCACGUCGACGCGCAGCGCCGCCUGCAUGUAA